CGGCUUGUGCGCUUGGGUGGCUCUGGAAUUUGCAAAGCGACCUUGCCGGGAGUAAGUGAUUGCCUUCAAUUCACCAGUCGAAUGGUGCUAUUGUUUAAUGGGUUUUGGUAUUUUUUACAUUUUAGCAAUUAAUAAGUUAAAACACACGCACUAAGAACGCGAUUGAAAAUAUAAUUAAGGAAAAGAAUUUGGUAUAAAUAGUUACUGCACUCAGCUGAUUGGUAUCAGUUAGCCACUGACUCCAAACAGAGUCACAAAUUCGUAUAAUUUUUCGUUUUUGCAAAUCCAAUUUAAAACUUAAAUUAAAAAUGCAAAUCCUCUCGUGUAUCGCCUUUACCGCUGCCGCACUCUUUGGCGUCGCUUGCGCAGGAUACAUUCCACACGGACACGCCUCCAGUUACGCUUCGGUUCUUCAACACACUGAUGGACACUAUGGUUAUGGUAGCCACGACAACUCUCUGCACUAUGCUGGACAUGGCUAUGCUCACCACGACCACCACUACGAGCACCACGAACCCCACCAUUAUCCCAAGUACACUUUCGAGUAUGGUGUAAAGGACGCACAUACUGGUGAUCAUAAGAGCCAAUGGGAGCACCGUGACGGUGAUCAUGUCAAGGGAGGAUAUACCUUGGAGGAAGCUGAUGGCACCACACGCGUUGUAGAGUACACCGCCGAUGAUCACAACGGCUUCAACGCUGUUGUCAAGAAAAUCGGUCAUGCCCACCAUCCUCAGGCUUAUCAUCAUGGCGCCUAUGGUUAUGAUCAUCGUCACGCUGGUAGCUACUAAGCAAACUCGCUAACGAAGUAAAACGAACUUAAUGUAAAUGUUGUUUAAAUGAAACUGUGUUGUUGUGACCAAAAAAUUAUGUUCUUUGUUGUUUAUUAAAUACAUGAAUACAUUUUUAUGCGAAUUAAAAC